CUUUUAUUCUGAAGUCCAUAUUCCGGAAGUGUGCCAGUGGCGCUGGCGCUCUAUUUCCGGUCCCGGAGGCGGCUAAGCUAGCUGAACAAGAUGCCGUCGAUCGAGUACGACGACUCCAAGCCCAGCUGGGCCGACCAAGUGGAGGAGGAAGUAGAUGAAGGAACCCUUCCGCCAAUAAAGGAAACCAUCAAAGGAAACAUUAAAACUAUCACAGAGUAUAAAAUCGAUGACGAUGGAAAGAAGUUGAAGAUUGUGCGGACAUUCAAGAUCGAGACCAGGAAAGCCUCCAAAGCAAUUGCAAGGAGAAAGAACUGGAAGAAAUUUGGCAACUCUGAGUAUGACGCGGCAGGUCCGAACGUGGCGACCACCACUGUCAGCGACGACGUCUAUAUGACCUUUAUCUCCAGCAAGGAGGAUCUGAACGCUCAAGACCCGGAUGACGACCCCAUGAACAAACUGAAAGGACAGAAGAUUGUGACGUGUCGUAUCUGCAAAGGUGACCAUUGGACCACCCGCUGCCCUUACAAGGACACGCUGGGUCCCAUGCAGAAGGAGCUUGCCGAGCAGCUCGGCCUCACCACUGACAAAGAUAAACCGGCCGGCUCUGCUGAACCAGAACCUGUGCAGCCUGCACAGAGCAAGACUGGCAAGUAUGUGCCCCCCAGUCUAAGGGAUGGAGGCACGCGCAGAGGGGAGUCCAUGCAGCCUAACCGUAGAGCGGACGACAACGCCACCAUCCGUGUGACCAACCUGUCCGAGGACACCCGCGAGACUGACCUGCAGGAGCUCUUCAGACCAUUUGGCAACAUCUCCAGGAUCUACCUGGCCAAAGACAAGCUCACAGGACAGUCCAAGGGCUUCGCCUUCAUCAGCUUCCAGCGUCGCGAGGACGCGGCCAGAGCCAUCUUGGCCGUGUCAGGGUUCGGAUACGACCAUCUCAUCCUCAGCGUGGAAUGGGCCAAACCUUCAAACAACUGAGGACCUUCUGCCAUUCCACAUCUUCUAUGACUCUGCUCAAGCAUGGCCGCUUAAUAAAGAGAAGCAAUCACC